AUGAAUUUCAUAUUAUUUUAUUUAAGUUUGCUUUAUAUUGCAUAGGGAUGUUCAAAAAUCGACAAUAAUUAAUUAGACUUGAGUUUGAUAGAAAAUGAAAUAAUCUAUUUAGAAGUUGACCAACUCUAUAUUUCAGAAGAAGAAUAUUAACUUGAAUUAGAUCCUUCAAAUAAAAUUGUUUAAAUUAUUGAUAUAAUUGAAUUGGAAUCUUAAAUUCCAUCUUAGGUCUCAGAAGAACCUGUCAUUACAAAUUUUUAUUAAAACCCAAAUUUAAUAACUUAGAGUAGUAUUUUGAUUACAGAUGAGAAUAAUAAUUUACUGUAAUAUUCUCUAUUCAGUAAUACAAUAACAAAAUUAAAUGUGCCUUUUAAAGAUUAAUUAUAUUUUUUUAGUCUUAUUUAGAUUAUUUCUGAAGCCAAAACAUAUUUGAUAGGGGAUUGUAGUAAAAUAGGAUAAACUAAUAUUCUAUUAUAUGAGGAGAAAAUAAAUGGCUAUGAAGAAAUUUUUGCAUAUAGAAUUCCUUUUUAAUAAAAUAGUUUGAAUAACUUUCUUGUAUUUUCUUAGAAUAAUUUUUAUAGAUCAAACUUUUAAUUUGUUGAAUCAUAUAAAAUAGAAGAUGGAAAGAUUAAAUUGUAAGAAUAUCUUUAAAAAGGUAAAAAAAAUGAAGAAGAUUAAGAUUGUGGUCCUAUAUCAAAUAUAAUAAAAAUAAAAGGACAUUAAAAUAGUAUUAGCUUUAUUGAUUCUACUGAUCUUGUUAUUAUAUAAACAAAAAAGAAUUAAAAUACUUAAAAAUGUAUAAAAUUUGAUGAAAAAUUGAUUGCUUAUGAUUAUGAUGAAGUUCAUGAUUAAUUUGUUGUUUUAACAGAAAAAAAAUUGAUUUUUGACAAAUAUUCUAAAAACAUCUCUAUUAAGUUUUAUGAAGAUUUAACUGAAGUUUUUAUUACUUAGAAUUAUAUUUUACUUUCUUUGGGUAAUAAAAUUCAAAUUUUUUCAAAAAAAAAUCUCUUUUUUUUGGAAUAAAUUGAGAGUGAAAAAUUUUUUAAGAUUGAAGUAGAUGCUAUUUAGCAUCUUUUUUUUCUAAUUGAAUCGGAUUUUAUAAAGAAAUAUCAAUUUAAUUUACAACCAAUGAUUAAAAUAUCAAAAGUAAAAGAAGAUAUAACAUUUAAUUUAAAUAAAAUAGUAAAAGGAAAAGUAAAUUGUUAACUAAAAAUAAAUUUGAAUUAUUAAAUUUUGAAUUACGCUAAUUUAAUUGUAAAAUUGAUGUAAAACAAUUUAGCCUCUUCAUUUUUAUAGAUUGUUGAUAAAUGUGAAGGCAAAAGUAAUCCUAUUUCAAUUUUAGAAUAAAUAAAUGAAAAUUUUAAUACAAAAUCUAUGCUUGAAUUACCUUCAUUAUCUGAAAAAAGGUUUUUAUUAUUUUAAGAUGAGUAAGAUAAUAUAGUUCUAUAUGUAUGCUCAAAAUUUUUAGAAUGCUUAGAUAAAUAUUAUUUCUAAAUAGAUAUUCUAGAUUUUGAUAAAGCUAAAAAUAAAUUAUGGUUUAUUUAAGAUGAUUUUCUUUUUUUAGCAUUUGAUAAAGAUAAAUCUUGUGUUAUAUCCAUGUUUGAUUAUUUUUUAAAUGAUUUAAUUAUUUACAAAGUUAUUGAAGUAAAUUCCAAGAUUUUAAAGAUUGUAUCAAGUGGAAAGUUUAUUUUUAUUUUGAUUGAGUUAAAAGAGCUUGUAAAUCAAUUAAUUUAUUGUGAGAUGACAGAAAUGAAUACUUAAUAAAAUAAAAUUUAACUUCCUUCAAUUUCAGAUAUAUUUGCAUCACCUAUAAAAUAAGAGUAUAUAAUAAUAAAAUUGUAAAGAUAAUUGAUUAUCUACAGAAUUUUAGAUUAAUAUUUUGAAAUAUUAAGAAUAUUGGUCAAACCAAUUUAAACUAAUGUGAUAAUAUUUUAAAAAUAUUUAGUGAUAUUAAUGAAAUCAAAUGAUGAGAAGGAGAAAAUUUGCGAUUAUUAUUUUUUUUUAAAUGAAUAAAAAAUAGAAAAAAUAGGAACAAAUCCUCUUAAUUAAUUGUCAAAGAUUGAAAUAUCAGAUGUGAUAGUAUCUGUAGAAUAAAAUAUAUUUUAUUUGAAAUGUUAAGUAACACUUGAAACAAUGAAAAGAUAUGUAAUAGCAGCAUUCAAAGUAGAUUAAACAAUUUAUAAAUCUUUGUUAUUUAUUAAACUAAGAAAUAUAAAAAGUUAAUAUUAAUCAUUUUCAAACACUUUAAUAUAAUUAGAAGAUCAAACUUUAAUUCCAUUAAUAUAAAUAAAAGAUUCUGUAAUAUGUGAAAUACAAGAAUAGAAAGAAAUAAUAGAAGAUUUUGAACCUUUGGAUAAGGUACAGAAAGCUGAUGAUGUGAAUGAUGAAAAUGAUAAUAAUAAUGAAUAAAAUGAAAUUGAUAAGAAUGAAGAGGAUGAAAUAGAUGAAGAUAGCCUUAAUUUGGAAGAAUCAAAUUUUCCAAUAGGAUCAUUUUUAAUAAUGAGUACAAUUGAGGAGGCUUUGAUAUAUUCACUUUAUAAGACUUUUGGAAGAAAAAGAGUUGAAGCUAUAGACAGAGUAUGA